GACGACUUCAGUUACGGCUUUCUACCGCCACAGCCUGAAGGCUGGAGCCACGCCCACGCGUUGCACGCGCUGGGCCGCUGCUUGCUGGAGGCCGCCGAAGCGCUCGGCCGCAGCUUGGAGGGCGCCGGCCUUCCGGGGCUGAACGACUAUGAACUCUUCGACAUGUCAGCUGCAUGGGCCACACGGGGUGCGAGCGAUGCAUCUGAGACCCGUGAGCUCGUCAUCAGAGCGCUGGAGGAGGAGAACCUUCCCGCACUUGCAGAGGCCCUUGCCAGCUGGGCGGACGAGCCCAACUCGGAGCUACCCUGGCUUCGGAAAGGUGUGGCUACCGUGGCCGAAAGGGUGCAGCGCGCCUGUCGGGGAGGAGUGCUGGGAUGUGCCUGGCGCAGCGGCGACGAAG